AGCAGAUUGAGGAAUAUGGCGCAGGGUCAGUGACGGGAAAAGGACGCCAAGCAGCUGAAGGAAUAUAAUUCCGUGGAUAUUUCUGGUGAUCAUGCUGAAAUCCUGAUAUGAGAGUGUGAAAUGGUCUUAUUUCCGAAUUGCUGGAUAACUACCACUGCCCCAUUGAUGAAUAAGAGAACGGGUUUCAGGAAUACCUGCAACUGCAUUCAUAAACAUUUCUUUAGGACUCACAACCCCUGAGCUUUGUUUGAUUCACAAACGUCACCAUUUGUAUUUGAUUGGCUGGCAAACACAUGAGAAUAUGGAUAAGAAAAGUAAAAUGAAUAUCGAUAUACCAGGGGGGAUUGAUAAACUGCGAGAGGAACACAUGAAGGUAAAAUAAACUGACGUAGUUGGCUAAGCCAGGGGCUUGCUAGCGAUAUAGCUGCGUGUGGUGCCAUGCACGCGGCGUGGUCAACUCAGAAUCUUGCAAUUUAUUAUGAUUUUAUACGUUUUUUUACUGGAUUUCUUUUAUGACAGUUGAUAUUUUGCAUGAAGUUGCUUGCAGUGAGUAUCUGCUGGUAGAUAAUCCCACCCCCAAAUUCAAUGCAAACUUUCACUUUCUGCUAGGCUAUUUUCUAGAAGUUUCCUUCUUUGCUGGUCACAUGUUGUUGUUUUACGGUUAGAUUCAAAUUGUAUUUUUGUGAGCUCUCAAUUAUGAAAAUGUUCAAAUGUGACAACGGAAUGUUUUUUAAACCAUGCAUUGUUGUUAACAUUGCACCAUGACACUUGUUACAUUUGAGUGGAUGUUGAGAGCCGUUGGCCCAGUUGGAUGCAGAUUUAAAGAUAGUCGCACCUUUGAACCGACUGGGGAAAAGCUUCUACUUUUGCCUUAAAAUUGACGAACAGUUUCAGACCUUAUUAACACUAAAGUUUUCUAAUGCAGCAUCGUCAUUCUGCACAGCCUGUGUGUCUGGGCUAACGUCCUACAGAUGACAGCACAGUAAUAAAAUAAAAUGUAGGAUAAUGUGUUGAGCAUAAAUUGUUUGGAGCCUACUUCCUCUUUCUAAACCAACAUUAAUAUCAGACACUUUUAAGAACAGCACUGUCCUCGGAAAACAGAAACCAAUGUCGGAAGACAGAAACCAAUGUCGGAAAACAGAAACCAAUGUCGGAAAACAGAAACCAAUGUAUAAAAACAAACAAACAUUUGAUAAACACAAGGGAGGAAAACCCUGAACUAGUCCCACAGGUGUUCCAGCCUGCUGCGGACCAGACGUGGUGAUGUGUGACUGGCGGGAGAAGAGGGCCACCCCAGGGUUCCACUGGAGGUGGUGAAAGACUGUGAUGGUCAAAUUCAACACUGGAAGAAGGUAGAGGGAGACUACAGUGCCCUGGAAGAACGCCUCCAAACCCUCCCAGACAAGCUGUCCUAUGACAUCAUGGUGCCGUUCGGCCCUCUGGCCUUCAUGCCGGGGAAGAUGGUCCACACCAAUGAGAUCACGGUGCUGCUAGGGGACAACUGGUUUGCCAAGUGUUCUGCCAAGCAGGCCCAGGGGAUAGUGGGACACAGAAAACAACACGUGAAGAGCGCCGUGGAUGACUUGCAAAAGACAAGGAAGACCUUUGAGGCCAGAGUUAGUUUCACACAGGACCUGGGGAAACUGUCUGAGGGUAAAGGGGACUAUGUUGACAUCAGAGAAGAGGUUGAAAACAAGGAGAAAAUAAUCGUCUCCAAAGGGAAGCAGCGAGUGGCCCACAAGCCCCACUCCAAGCCCAAGCGAGAGGCUGUUGUGGACCUGGGGGAGGAGGGGGAGGAGGAGGAGGAGGAUGGGAGUGGAGGAGGAGGUGGAGAUGGAGGGAGCAGGAGAGGAGUUCUGUCCGAGGAGGAGCUGUGGGCGAAACUAGACGAGCUGGAGAAACAGGAGGAACAGCAGGACGAGGAGGACAGACCAUGUCUUCCUGUCAGGUCGGGAAGUGCAGUAACCAACGGUGAGGACUCCUCUUCCUCUGAGGAAGAAAAGGAGAGGGAGGGGGGCCACCGUGAGAAGAGACUGGGUCAGGGCGAGGACUGGAAACCUGCCCCUUCCGACUCCCAGGUCAACGGGGUCACAGGGCCCGCGGCCAGGGGCGGGGAGGAGGACGAGGAGGGCAGCAGUCUGCCCACCAUCUACUUCUCUCACACGGUGGAACCCAAGAAGGUGAGGAUAAACACUGGGAAGAACACGACUCUGAAGUUCAGCGAGAGGAAAGAACAGAAGGAGCAGGCGAAGAGAAGAAGGAAGAACAGCGGGGGCAGCAACGGCAAUGGCCACGCUCACCACGAACACCACAGGAUCACCUCGCCCACAGACGUGUACAGGUUGUUCGUGGACGUGAAGAACGGCGAGCUGAUCCCCAGGAAGUCCAUCCUGAAGUCCCGCAGCCGCGAGAACAGCGUGUGCAGCGACACGAGCGAGAGCAGCGCGGCCGACCUGGAGGAGCGUCGCACGCUGCUGCGCUCGCAGAGCCACGACGACGUCACCACGCCCAGCGACACCAGCGACGGCAUCACGGAGGAGGACAGCCCCACCGCGGGGGGCGGCACCGGCACCUGCCACUUCGAGGCCUUCUCAGGCACGGUGGUGGAAAAGGAUCCCCUUCCCUCCUCCACCCCCCACCCCACCCUGGCCCCCCCAGCCCUGCCCACCAUCCCAGAGAGACGGCUGGAGGAGGUGGCCCCAGAGGCCCCCCAGGAGCCCCCCAAAAGGGUGUCCAAGUUCAAAGCUUCGCGGCUGCAGCAUAAGUGAUCCAAAGAGCCGGUCUCUAGGACCCAGGGUCCUUUUUUAAUCUCUUUUUCUACUCUUGUUGACGACCCUUAGCUGGACACACCGUGCCCCCACCAAGUUCUGCUUCAGUUCACUGGGCUUCUUAAACAGCAUCCUGUUAUAGUCUAUGGUAGCCUUGUUUAGAAAGUAAUUCAUAAGAUUUCAUGAUAACUUCCUGUCUCUUAAGCAACGACAUCUAUCAAUCAUGCUCUGAAGAGUAGAAGUUACUGUUCUCUUAUACUGUGUACAGUCUGACCGCACUCCAAAACAUCACCGCUGUAAAUGGUUGUUUAUUUCGCUUAUCUAGUCAGUAAGCAACUUUUGUCUUUAGUCAACUAGAUGCUCAUUUAUUUCUUGGUGUGAAGGUGUGUUCCAUCUGUGUGUGUCUGUUAACUUUCUCCUUAAACAGGCCAGUGAAAUCUGUUCUUAUUUGAAACUACAUCCUUUACUUUCAUGAAAUCUUUGCCUUUAUUCUUUUCUAAGAUGAUUAUCUGGGCAGGCGCUGACUGGCUAGCUAUGGUCCCUAGAUCCUGCCCCUUUGCCUAUUGAAUGUAUGUCUUCCUUACUGACCAGCUUUAUGUAAAAAAAAUAUAUAAUUAUAUUGAUGUCAGCUGUAUGGAAAAUAAACAGUUUUGGCCAAUUGUA